GACAUAGAUGCCUACAGCGCGGGAACUUUAUACGACUGUAGAACCACUGUCCGAACAGCAUUGCAAUGGACCCUUCUGAGGUUGAAUUCCUUGCCGAGAGGGAAAUCGUGAAAAUAAUCCCGAAUUUCAGCCUUGACAAAAUAUAUUUGAUCGGGGGUGACCUCGGUCCGUUUAACCCCGGGAUGCCCGUCGAUGUGCCUCUGUGGCUCGCCCUCAAUCUAAAGCAGCGACAGAAGUGCAGGAUUGUCCCUCCCGAGUGGAUGGAUGUGGACAAACUGGAGGAGAUUAGAGAACUGGAGAGGAAGGAAGAUGCUUUCACCCCGGUCCCUAGCCCCUACUACAUGGAGCUGACCAAGUUACUGCUCAACCACGCGUCUGACAACAUCCCUAAAGCCGACAAUAUCCGGACUCUGGUGAAGGACAUCUGGGACACGCGCAUCGCCAAGCUCCGCCUCUCCGCAGACAGCUUCAUCAGCCAGCAGGAGGCUCACGCCAAGCUGGACAGCCUGACUCUGAUGGAGAUUAACACCACGCGCUCCUUCCUGCUUGAGUCUCUCAACUGCAUGUACAAGCUGCGCUCCAACCUGCAGCCACACUCCAGCAGAGGCAAGGCCCUGGACUACUGACCACACUGUGGUCAAAGCCCCAGAAAACAGAUUAGUGGAGAUACUGGUCAUUUGGAGUACUGACCAGUGUGUGUGUGGGUGGACAACUGCAUUAAUGACCAGACUGUGGUCAAAAUCCUUGAAUACGUACCAGAUUGUGGUCAGAAUUCUAGAAUAUAGACCAGCUUGUGGUCAGAAUUCUGGAAGAUGGUCCUUGUUGUGGUCAGAAUUCUAGAAUAUGGAACAGAUUGUGGUCAGAGUUCUAGAAUAUGGAACAGAUUGUGGUCAGAGUUCUAGAAUAUGGACCAGACUGGUCAGAAUCUAGAAUAUGGACCAGAUUGUAUUUAAACCUCUCACAACCUCUUCACUUAUGGUAGAAACCUUUGUUACCAUGACAGUUUUUAUUGAUUCCAUAAUAUGAAUCAUCAACACCUGGAACACAGGUUAGGACCCAUCUUCAUGUUUUUGAUUUUCUAAUAAAGUUUUCUAAUAAAAACGUGUGUU